GAACCCUAUUUUUUUAUUUAACCGAAGAAUCCUUUAAAGACAAAAGCUAGAAUAUUUUAAGAAAUUCUCAUUCAUUUACUAGCAAGACUUUAAAGUAAGAACAAAAAUAUGUUAAAAUUAGCAAUCUUAUACGUAAUGUGUAAUCUCGGUUUCAUAAAUUCCGCAAAAAUUCUAGCGGUGUUUCCUACUCCAUCGUACAGCCACCAAAUAGUGUUUCGUCCUUUGAUACAAGAAUUAGUUAGACAAGGUCAUCAAGUUACUCUCAUAACAACAGACCCUAUAUAUUCGAAAGGGUCUGCGUCAAUCAAUUUGACACAAAUAGAUAUCCGUGAUCAUUCUUACCAAUUGUGGCGAAAAAAUUUCGUCACUACUGCUUCUAUAAAUUAUAAUAGUAUGGCACAUCGACAAAGUGUGGCUUUUGAAAUGUUGUCGCAAGUUUUUGAAGUAUUGGUAAACCACAAAGAAGUCGCGGAAAUAAUUAAAAAGAAGAGGGGAAGUUACGAUUUGUUACUAUUAGAAGCAUGCGUAAGACAAACAUUGGCAUUUUCAUAUAUAUUUACAGUUCCCGUUAUUCAAAUAAGUUCUCUACCUGGUAUGUCAUUUAAUUAUCAAGUGGUUGGAUCUCCAACACAUCCUUUUUUAUAUCCAUCACUUUUUCAAGACAAACUGUAUAACUUAACAAAGUGGAAAAAAUUUCAACAGUUCUUUUUCAAUUAUAUGUCGUCAGAAAAAAUUAUGAUGGAAAGGGAGGCAAAAGAAAAUAUCUUACUGGAAAAACUAUUUGGCUCUGAUAUACCCCCAUUACAUGAAUUGGCUAAUAAUGUAGAUUUAUUGUUCUUGAAUGUUCAUCCAAUAUGGAUAGACAAUCAGCCUGUGCCACCAAAUGUUGUGUUUAUUGGAGGUAUUCACAAACAGCCACCAGAAGAAGUACCAACAGAUCUUUUAUAUUUCUUAAAUGCAUCUACAAAUGGAUUUAUUUACAUAAGUUUUGGUACAAAUGUUAAGCCAUCUCUACUACCUCCGGAAAAAAUUGAUAUUAUGAUAAAGGUCCUUUCUAAGCUACCUUAUAGUGUUUUAUGGAAAUGGGACAAAGAAGGGAUGCCACGACAAACGAAUAAUAUAAAAUAUGUUCCAUGGGUACCACAAAAAGAUAUUCUUAUGCAUCCAAAUAUAAAAUUAUUUGUUACACAAUGCGGUCUGCAGUCAACCGAAGAAGCAAUAAACGCUUUGGUACCCCUGAUUGGAAUUCCAGUACUUGGUGAUCAAUUUUACAAUGCGGAAAAAUAUGUUUACCAUGGUAUUGGGAUAAAACUUGAUUUAGAUUAUCUCAGUGAGGAAGUAUUUAGCGGAGCUCUCGAAACAAUAUUAAAUAGUAAAAGUUACCGCGAAAACCUUAUACGAUUGAGGAAUAUAAUGAAUGAUCAGCCUGAGUCAGCAUUGCAGCGAGCUAUCUGGUGGAUAGAUUAUACAUUAAGACAUGGUGGCGCUAAACAUUUACGAGCACGUGGAGCUAACAUCACGUGGGCACAGUACUUAGAGCUGGAAUUGGUCUUCACGGUUUUAUCAGCGGUUCUUAUUACGUUGGUUUUAAUUUUUCUCGUCAUGUAUUAUCUUUGGAGAAUCAUAACAAAAAACAUUUUUUCGUUUAAAACAAAGCGAGAAUAAAGACGAUAGGAUGUUAAGUUAUUGUUAUUUUGUGAUCGAUAAAAAUAUUUGCCGUAAAGAUAAAUAAACUUAGCCAUUAAUUUAAAUUACAAUAUCUUUACUUAUAUGCAUGCAAUUAAGGCAGAUUAGAAAGUAUCUGAUACUGGAUGUAAAAAAAUUGGUAAGGGUAUGGAUGCAGUAGACUUACUAUAUAAUUAGUGAUUUUAUCAAUCUUAGUUACUUAAUACUUGGUGGUUUUGCGUAAUUUAAAGCUGCAAGAAAUCUACAAAUUGUCUUGAAUUGAUAACUACUCCCGAUUUUUCUUUUAAUAACAGAAGCUUAUUUUAUGGACGGGCCUAACAAACUUGACCAGAAACAUGCUGUGUAACUUGUAAUUGAUAAAUUGUUAAUUUGUUCUUAUCUUAAAUAAAAAUAGGUUGAGUUUUCUAUCCCAUAAAAGGCGAUUCAAAAACUUUUUUGUAGACUUCAGCCAGGCACCAAAAAAAUUAAGAAUAAAUUAUAUUAUCACUUGGUUUUGCCCGUAACAUUACCAGACUGAUGUUCGGCAUUGGGUUCGAAGAAAAAUGUAUAAAGUAUAUUACAACUUUAUAUCUAUAAACUGAGUCACAGGCAUUUAUAAAUAAUACAACAGUUAUGCUAUGAUCUGUCAUAAAUUUAAUCAAAAUCCAUUUAGCAAUUUUUGUUUCAAUCACCAACAACAUCCAUACAAAACCUCACUAAUUUUCCCAUUUAUAUUACUAAGAUUACUAAGAUACGGUAGAUAUAUCAAAGUCGUGAAUAAAAUAACAGGAUUCCUAAAUACGCGUAGUUGUAGCAUCACCGAAUCCUUUGACCUUAAAAUGUU